CAGCAAUUUAGGACGACGGAGAUGGGGCGAAUUUGUCGUCACAACCCAUAAACACGAGGAAAACUAAACCACGAGAAUGAAUGUACUUCGUUCACUCACAAGAAUUACACGGCCAUGUGCCCAGUUGGCAAGAACAAUGUCUGAUGAGGGUCCUAGGUCAAUGGAAAGAUGUAUAAAUGAAGUAACUCUGAUGGGACGAGUAGGUAGAGAUGCUGAAUUGAGAGGCAAAGAGGAUAUGAACCAAGUUGCUGUAUUUUCUCUGGCUACAAAUUACAGAAUUAAAAAAAGAGACACUGGAGAAAUUACACACGAUACAGACUGGCACAAUAUUGUUGUGUUCAACCCAUACACACGGGACUUUGUAGCCAGUAAAAUAAAAAAAGGAGAUCGGCUUUUGGUACAAGGACAGUUGUCAAAUAAAAAAUAUGAAGAUCCUACGACUAAUGAAAGAAAAAUUGUUAGUCGAAUAAUAGCAAGAAAUGUUAUAAAUCUGACACAGAAAUGGAGAAAUGAAGAACAAUCUAAUCAGGGAGAAGAAGAGUAUGAAAAUCAAGAUCAAAGUUCAUAGACAUUAUAAUUUGUACAUUUGUUAUUGUUUGUUAAUGUAUUUUUAUUUCCAUCAUUUUUGGUUUUAUCAUUUUACAUUGUCAUGUGAUUGAGUGUUAUUUAGUUUUCUCUUGACCAAACUUGCCUGGGAUCCUUAAUCAAUCUCUUCUUUAUAUCAUGUAACCAACUUUUAGUAAUAUUCAAGAAGUUUGUUUAAGGCUCUUCUAUAUAAACAUACAUUGUACUUACGGAAGGCCCUUUCAAAAUUGAUACAACAACUAAAGAUGUAAUUUAGAAUUUCACCUUCGUUUUCACUGUACUUGACUACCACUAAAAGUUGAGAUUUCAUAGAACAUGUAGUUCCAUGUAUGUUUUAAUGGAAUAGCCCUCCUAAUAAAAAAAAAGUGCACAUGUCAGUUGUGAAGUUAUAGUUAUGACUUCCAAAGUCUUCGAGGGGAAAACAAAUUUAAGGUUGGAAUUGAAAUUUGGCAUAGAUGACAAAAAAGGGAGAUAAUUAAAAUUGUUUCUCUGAUUGAUUAUUUAUUCAUAAUUGAAAUUGUCAAACUUGAAAUAAAUGUUCAAGUUUUGUUGUUAAACUGUCUAUAAAUUGUUCGUUCCAUCUAGAAUACCUGUCACAUCACAAGGGAUAAUACAAUGAUUUCAAUUUCUAGUUUUUAGAUUUAGCUAGAGUUGUCUUCCUUUGAACUUAUAAAUUAUGAAUGCAAUUUUUUUUUACUGUACAGUUGAAGUAGAUGAGAUUGUUUUAUUAAUGUGAUGAUUUAAAAAUCUUACAAUAGAAAAAAAAUGAUUUAAAGAAGAAAAGUUAUGUGAUGUGGUUAUUUAUACUGUAUAAACUAAGCCUUCUGCUCACUCAAAUUGUAAUGUCUGACUUCAUUUUUUCCAUAAUUAGUUGCACACUGAGUAUUUUUUUGUUGUGACAUUGAGUGUGUUUCUUGAAACUAUUAUCUAGACUUUUUGAUGUUUAUGUCAUCUGCUUCAAUUGUACCUUUUUUACGCAAGGAACAGUUGUAAGAGGUGUAAGUGUAUUGUGUAAUGUGUUCAUUAUUUGCAAAUAAGUUCUUUCUUUUUUAUAAUAUUUUUUAAACAAGGGAAUCUUGUACUACUACUAGGGGUCAUUUAUCAACCUUAGCUACCCUUGACAGUCUUGUAAGGUCGGUAGAAUGGUAUGUUUAGUAAAUAUGAAUAACCUAGUUUUAGUAAUUAAAAGGUUUAAUUAG